AAGUGAUUUCCGCUCCUUUUUCCUGCGCGGCGAUUCCAGUCCGUCUUGAGGUGCGCAGUCGUCGAGUCGUGACGAGGCCGGCGCACCGCAGCCAUGACAGAGGCUGAUGUGAAUCCGAAGGCCUAUCCCCUCGCAGAUGCCCACCUCACCAAGAAGCUGCUGGACCUUGUUCAGCAGUCAUGUAACUACAAGCAGCUUCGGAAAGGAGCCAAUGAAGCCACCAAAACCCUCAACAGAGGCAUCUCUGAGUUCAUUGUGAUGGCAGCAGACGCUGAGCCCUUGGAGAUCAUCCUGCACCUCCCUCUGCUNUGUGAAGACAAGAAUGUCCCCUACGUAUUUGUGCGCUCCAAGCAGGCUUUAGGA